GUGGUGUGUCGCAAACACCACCGAGCUGAUGUUGUCGCUUCGCCUCUUUCUGCGUUUGUGCGCGUUUACCUCUUUGGGCGUUGUCAAAAUGCAAUAAUUACUUCAGCGCCGUGGAGAAAGAAGUUGUUGCGGUGGCCCGAGUCUCGUUCGGGCUGGGAGAAAGUGCUCGGGUUUGUCGUCAAAGGAGCCAGGCGAUGACUUGAUGUGUCGCAAAAUAAGCUGCUGCACUAUGGCGGCUGACGACGCAGAAGGGCAUCCUGUGCUGGUGGAGGUGAGCCCCGACAUCCACAUCUGCGGCUUCUGCAAGCAGCAGUACAACAACGUCCAAGUCUUCCUGGCCCACAAGCAGAAUGGAUGCUCGGUGCAAAGCAUGAGGAACACCUCUGCCGAGACAGCAGCUCCCUCGCUGCCAGGCUCCAGCAUGGAGGUGGUCCUGGAGGAGACCUUCCAGACGUGUCUGCUGAGAGGCGUCAAGAAGAUCCUGACCAAGCCGCAGAAGCGCAAGAAGCUAAAAGACUCGCUGGCGUCCAAAAGACGCAGUUGCUGUUUCUCAGGCUGCACCUUCAAGACACAGUACGGCCAGAAAGACAUGGAGAGACACCUGAAGACUCACACAGGCGAGAAGCCGUUCGAGUGCGAGCUGUGCCACAAGCGCUUCAGCCGGCGGGACAAGCUCAACAUGCACCUGCGCUCGCACACGGGAGAGAAGCCGCACAAGUGCAAGCUGUGCUCGUACGCGGCGGCCGACAGCAGCAGCCUGAAGAAGCACGUGAGGAUUCACUACGACGAGCGGCCAUUCAAGUGUCAGAUCUGUCCUUAUGCCAGCCGCAACUCCAGCCAGCUCACCGUGCACCUGCGCUCGCACACAGGCGACGCCCCUUUCCAGUGCCAGCAGUGCGACGCCAAGUUCAAGAUCAACUCGGACCUGAAGCGCCACGUCCGCGUCCACUCGGGGGAGAAGCCCUACAAGUGCGAGCUGUGCGAGUACCGCUGCGCCAUGAAAGGUAACCUCAAGUCGCACGUUCAGAUCAAACACGCCGCCGACAACGCCUUCCACUGCGCGCACUGCGACUUCAAGUGCGCCAACAAGACGGCGCUGCGCCAGCACGCGCGCCACCACCGGCCCGCGCAGCCCGUGCAGUGCCCGGCGUGCACGUACUCCUGCGCCAGCCGGGGGGCGCUCAAGGUGCACGAGAGGAUCCACUCGGAGGAGCGGCCCUUUAAGUGCGAGGCGUGCAGCUACGCCUCCAAGCAGCGCAGCAACCUGGUCAUCCACAGGAAGAGGUUCCACUCGGACGCCACGGAAAAGGGCGGCUGGCGAGCGGGCGGCAGAAGGCCCGGCGAGGACCCCCCCAAGCCCGUCAGCUCCCGGUACCGGGCCAAACUGGAAGCCGCUCGCGCCUUCAGCUGCGACCUGUGCAGCGCCUCCUUCGUCAGGGAGGACUCGCUGCGGAGUCACAGGAAGCAGCACAGAGAAUCCCAGGAAGACCCGGCGGUCCUGGUCCCGGUCCAGGUGGACUCGUCCUCGCAGCUCAAAAUCAUCGUCUCUUCCGCCGAGACUCCCAGCAAGAUGGUCCUGUUGAGUCCAGAGCACCAGGACCUGGUGGUCAACUCCAUGCUGCUGGCGCCCGGCCUGUCGGACGCCGCCUUCGCACCGCAGACGGUCCUCCUGACGCCGCUCCACGCCGACGACUCGCUGCACCAGGUCCACGCCGGGCCGCAGACUUUCAUCACCACCUGCGCAGAACUGGAGGACCUAAGGGCCUUGGUGCAGGAGGGCGGCACCGAGGUGACGGUGGUGACGGAAGGCAACGGCGCCGCGGUGGCCAGUCCGCCCGGCGGCGGGGAUAGUCGAGGCCAGUGCCUUAGCAUGUGAGCAGGUCCACUUAAACUAACCUUUUGUCACUUUAGCGUUCGUCUUUUUUUUUUUUAAAUUUUUUUAAAUGUUGUCCAAAAGCACUGAAGCCAAUAGUCGCGCAGUUCCCCGCUUGCUCCACAAGGGGGCGGCAGAUAGCUUGAAGAGGCGCCGCGACCUCGCCAGUAUCGAUUGUUUUGUUUCCAAGAAGAAGAAGAAGAAGUUCUCUGAAGAUGCACAAACUAGUCCUACUUGCUCAAAAGCCAGCGUUUCUGUCCCAAGGAUCGAUUUUUCAAUAAAAAGCCUGUUUGGGCUUCUAGCGUC